GGGUACUGAGUGUAGAUUAAUGAGGGAAAAAAAAUCCAUUUGAAUGAUUUUAGUUUCAACCUAAAAAUAAAAGCAGUGCAUUGAAGUGACCUGAUGUCAAUGUGUUCAUCCUCUUUGGCAGCCAUCUUGAGGACAAUUAGUAGUCGGAUUUCCAGAACUAGACAGUUUUAAAAAUGCUUGAUGGAACAUUUGGUAUUAGUAACGUAACUACUGAACCUAGCCUUAAUGUGUCAUGGUGCCGGAUUAAUAAGUUAUGCAUUGUCCGUUAUAUAUUAGUAAUCGAAUUAGUUACGUUAUUAUUGUUAUUAUAACAAUAGGAGGCCCUGUGUACAUUCGGCAUUCUAAUUCAUCCAAAUUGUGUUCAGUGGACUUGAUAUCAGUGGUGGACGCUCGAGUUUGCUCACUCCAACAUUGGCAAAACGUCUUUAUAGAGCUUGAAUUGUGCAUCUGUCACACUGGAGCAAGUACUGUAUGGGUCAUUGUGGAGAAAUUUUAAAAGUAGAGCAUAGAAAGACAUUUUAAUGUUCUAUAUUCAAUUGUGUGAUUUAAAUUUUGACAACAGUUUAAGGAAAGAAACAUGGUUGUGUGACUGUUAGGUGUUUAUGUACACUUGGUAUAGUGGAUAGCGUAUACAAAUAGAAUAGUUCAAAAUUAUACGAAUUUUAGUAGUUCUGAAUCUGAAACAGUUUUGUAGCAGACAUAAAGCUUGGAGCUUGGGAGCCAGCUAAAAUGCUGACUUUCACUACUUUUUCUUUAGCCACCAUAGACCACAGAGGUGAAUGAAUAGUGUUUGAAAGUUAUUUACAUGCUCAUUUUAACCUUUUAUAACUUGGUCAUGUAACAGAAUCAAUUGUAAAGUGUUCACUGGUGCAAUCUGGAACAAUCAGGCUGUCAGUCAUAUGCAGUCAAGUGCAAAUGAUUCAUUCAUAAUGAAUUAAUCAUGUCUUCUAUUUAUAAUAACAGCUAUUGUUAUGGAAUGUCUGCAAAAUAAGUUCAUUCCUGUUAUCACUUAAGCUAUAGCAGCUACAAACAUGUUUUCACCUGUAAAAUGUAAUGGUGCAAAGAAAUCGAAAUAAUCAUCUGCUCUGGAUUCUUCCAUGACACUAAAAAAACAUUUACACUGGAGACUCCUUCAAUGAAUGUCUUAUAUUUAGUUUCACAUUAACAUAUGAUUUGUCCUUUUAAUAAUUUGUUAAAAUAUCAAUAACAAUUUAUAGCAUUUAGAAUUAAUGCCUUAAUACAACCUGUGAUUUGCAUUCAAGUCAGAACGACAUUAUCAUUAUGUAAAGAAUAAUGAAAGAACAAUUGUGGUGGUGUACGAAAAUUAAUCACAUUGGGUUGGUAUUUAAUGUGCCACAUGCAUGCAAGCAAGAUGUAAUUAUUGGUUUAUAGUUUAACAGGAUGUUGUGGAAUAUCCAUUGAGCUCACUUCCUGAAGACUUGACUGUGCUCACAAACUUUCCAAACAGUGUUGUUAUGUCAAAAUAUUACACACCUUCUGACCAAUCAGAUUUAAGAUUUAAGGAGCAUGUGUGUAUUAUUACCUCAGAAAUGGAGUGACUUUGGUAGCAGUGACGUGAUUUAUAAAUGUAAUUUCAUGAUCAGCUUUUCAUUACGAGUUGCAAGAGGUUAUAGUGUAGAAAUACACCAGUACAGAUAAAGUGCAACAAACUGAGCUCAUUCAAAUACCACACCACCAAACCAUGGUGACCCUCUCUAAAGAAUCUAGUCAAAUAAAGAAAUAGGAUUUUACAAAACAUGUACGGUGUAACAAUAUUUAAAACGCGUCAAUUUUACAAGUUUUGAAUGUAUUUGCACGUUUUGUUUUUUGAGUGGCUGUGCAUCUCUAUGCCUCCAGGUUCACAAUGUCCAAGAAAGAAAACAUGCAAUGUGACCAAGUUAAAAAGUGUAAAGAAUGCAAACGUAAAGCAAGCAUUUAGUGCAAUGUCAUGUCAAGUACGCAUUUAUUGUCAUUUCAACCAUGUACAGUACAGUGAAGCAGAACAAGUCCAGUGUCAGUCCAGUCUCUUAGUAUUAAGUAGUCAUAUGGCUUGUGGAAAGAAACUGGUGUGUGUGUGAUCAGCCACAGUGACUUUGUGGAUGCAACAUGUGGUGUAAAUGUCCAUGAUGGAUUGUAGAGAAAUCCCAAUGAUGAUCUCAGCUGUCCUCACUAUGCACUGUAGGGUCUGGUGAUCUGAAAAGGUGCGAUUCCCAAACCAGGCGGUGGUUCUCUCUGAAGAACGUUGUGAGGAUGUGUGGUGUGACCUGGGCCUUCUCCAGCAUCCUCAAGAAGUAGAAGUGCUGCUGGACUUUUUGUUAUUAAGUUGGUGUUGGAGGACCAGGACUUGUUUUCUAACUUUGUAACGUUUUUUUGGAAAAUGGAAAAAAUUUGAAAAUCCCGUAGGUCUGGAUCUUUUAAGGGAAAUCUCUGGAUCCCAAUUUGGAGGGUGAGGAAUGGUGCUAGACUUACUCCCGUGGGGUUUAAUCACACCUGGCAACUAUUUUUUGUCGCUGUGUGGUUCAUGGAGGGCGCUGAUUGGUGCCGGUGAUUGUAUUAAUUUACAUAGUAGGCGGGGAUUAACAAGUUUAUCCGUCCUCAUGAUGCAAUUUGCUCGAGCUGUUACUUUUUUACUGGAAAGAAAGUGUGCUCGGGUUAUUUACAGCAAACUGUAGAUUUUCCGGAGGUUAAAAGGAGCUUGAAGUAAAUUUGCAGAGUGUUUUUAUUUGAACUUUGUAAGGCUUGUCAUUACUGCUGAAGGAGUUGCUGAGUUCGGCGGAGUGAGUGACAGUGUAGCGCGGAUCAUUACAGCGCCGAUGGCGGAAGUGUUUGCGGGGCGCGCGCUCCUGAAUAAAGAAGGAGACGUGGUGGACCCGGAAGAGGCGCUCCGGAAUAAAGUGGUCGGCUUGUAUUUUUCCGCCGGAUGGUGUCCUCCGUGCCGCGACUUCACCCCGCUGCUGUGCGAUUUCUACACCGAACUGGUGGAAGAAAGCGAACCGCCGGCUCAGUUCGAAAUCGUUUUCAUAUCCUCCGAUAAAUCCGCCGAGGACAUGGCGGAAUACUAUCACGACCUGCACGGGGACUGGCUCGCGCUGCCAUGGAGCGACCAGUACAAGCACGAGCUGAAGACGAGGUACAACAUCACAGCUGUGCCCAAGCUGGUGAUCGUGAAGCAGAACGGGCAGAUGAUCACGGACAAAGGCAGGAAGCAGAUCCGAGAUCAGGGACUGGCUUGCUUCAGGAACUGGCUGGAAGUUGCUGAAAUCUUCCAGAACUUCAAAUGCUAGUGAAUUAUUCUAUAUCAAGUUUUCUUUUGCAAUGGGCUAGAAAAUAAAUGUUACAUAUUGCACUUUAACGGGGGGGUCUAGAGAUUUUAUAACUGCUUUAUAAAUUAUUAUUGUAUUAUAAAUUUUUUUUUUUUUUUUACAUGCUUUUGCUAGAAGUUAAUGUGUGUUAAUAUAAAGAGAGGUUUCUCUCAGUUGUAGGAUUGCGGAUAAGUGUAUGUUGUAUCGAGGACUGUCGUUACACUGGUACUCAGGGACUGUUUUGUCUAGCAUUGUCAUGGUGCUUCGGAUUCCCCAGCGUUUCAUUAAAACACUAUGAUGUGAA